AUGUCGCUGGUCACUCUGCCGUUCUACCAGCGGAGACACAAGCACUUCGACCAGGCGUACCGCCACGUGCAGACCCGGUACCUCAUGAACGAAUACGCAGCCAAGCUGCGCUCCUCCUCCCGCUCCUCCUCCCAGCAGGCCCUCAGCGAGCAGACCCAGGCGACCUCCCGGCAAGCGGCCGGCCAGCGGCUGCUGGCCCAGGGCGCCGUGUGCCGGCUCUGCGCCAAGAGGCUGAGCUCCGAGCAGGAGGAGAGCGAGCACGAGCAUGAGAGCAAGAGGAGGUACGAGUCGCAGACGGCGCUGUACGGGGAGGCCAAGCGGGAGCGCUUCCUGCGGGAGCUGGCGGGGCUGGAGGACGGCGUGGCGCGGGCGCGGGCGCAGGCGCGGGCGCAGCUGGACCGACACGCCGUGCAGCAGGCCGACCGGGUCGACAGGCAGCAGGCGGCGGAGGACGCGCUGACCUGGGAGCGCCGUGUGUUCGAGGAGCGGAUGCGGCGGGCGCCGGAGAUCCUGGUGCGGCUGCGCUCGCACACGGUGUGGGAGCGCAUGUCCGUGACGCUGUGCUUCACCGCCCAGGGCUUCCCCACGCCCGUGGUGCAGUGGUACAAAGACGGCGUCCUGAUCAGCCAAGCCGCCGAGCCCGGCAAGUACAGGAUCGAGAGCAAGUACGGAGUGCACACGCUGGAGAUCCACAGGGCCGACUUUGAUGACACGGCCACGUACUCCGCCGUGGCCACCAACGUGCACGGGCAGGCGUCCACCAACGCGGCCGUGGUGGUGAAAAGGUUCCGAGGGGAAGAGGAGCCGAUCCGCUCGAUGGGACUCCCAAUCGGCUUGCCCUUGCCGUCCGUGGUUCCGUACACGCACUUUGACGUCCAGUUCCUGGAGAAGUUCGGGGUGACCUUCCGGAGAGAGGGCGAGACGGUCACGCUGAAGUGCACGCUGCUGGUGACGCCGGACCUGAAGCGCGUGCAGCCGCGGGUCGAGUGGUUCCGGGACGACGUGCUGCUGCGGGAGUCGCCGUGGACGCGGAUGUUCUUCGGGGAGGGCCAGGCGGCGCUGUCCUUCAGCCAGCUCAGCAAGGACGACGAGGGCCUGUACACCCUGCGCGUGCUGUCCCGCGGCGGCGUGCGCGAGCACCGCGCCUUCCUCUUCGUCAGAGAUGCGGACCCGCUGGUCACGGGGGCUCCGGGCGCGCCCGUGGACGUGAGGUGCCACGACGCCAACCGCGAUUAUGUCAUUGUCACCUGGAAGCCGCCCAACACCACCUCCGAGGGCGCCGUCAUCGGCUACUUCGUCGACCGGUGUGAGGUGGGCACCAACAACUGGGUGCAGUGCAACGACGCCCCCGUCAAAGUCUGCAAGUACCCGGUGACGGGGCUGCUGGAGGGCCGGUCCUACGAGUUCCGCGUCCGCGCCAUCAACAGCGCCGGCGUCAGCCGGCCGUCCCGCGCCUCGGAGGCCGUGGCCGCCCUCGACCCCGCCGACCUCCAGAGGUUACACGCCGUCCGCCUGGGGGAAGACAAAGAGAUUGUGAUCUCUCAGGAUGAGCUUGAAGGCGACGUGCUGAUCCCGGGGCCGCCCACCAACGUGCACGCCUCCGAGGUCAGCAGGACCUACGUGGUCCUCAGCUGGGAGCCCCCCGCGCCCCGGGGCAGGGAGCCCCUGACCUACUUCAUCGAGAAGUCCAUGGUGGGCAGCGGCAGCUGGCAGCGGGUCAAUGCCCAGACGGCGGUCCGGUCGCCGCGCUAUGCCGUCUUCGACCUCGCCGAGGGGAAGCCCUACGUGUUCCGGGUUCUGUCUGCCAACAAGCACGGGCUGAGCGACCCGUCGGAGAUCACGCCCCCCAUCCAGGCCCAGGAGACCACGGUCGCCCCCUCGGCGCCCGGCCGGGUCCUCGUCUCCCGGGACACGAAGACGUCGGUCGUGGUGGAGUGGGACCGGCCCAAGCACCACGAGGACCUGCUCGGCUACUACGUGGACUGCUGCGUGGCCGGCUCCAACGUGUGGGAGCCCUGCAACCACAAGCCCAUCGGCUACAACAGGUUCGUGGUGCACGGCCUGACCACGGGCGAGCAGUACAUGUUCCGCGUGAAGGCUGUGAACGCCGUGGGCACCAGCGAGAACUCGCAGGAGUCAGACCCCAUCAAGGUCCAGGCCGCGCUCACCGUGCCCUCCCACCCGGUCGGGAUCACGCUGCUGAGCUGCGACGGCCGCUCCAUGACGCUGGGCUGGAAGGAGCCGCGGUUCAGCGGGGGCACACCCGUGCUGGGCUACUUCGUGGACAAGCGCGAGGCCCAGCACCACAGCUGGCACGAGGUCAACGCCGCGCCAGUGCGAGAGCGGCUCCUGACGGUGGAGGGCUUGACCGAGGGCGCGUCCUACGAGUUCAAGAUCGCCGCCUCCAACCUGGUGGGCAUCGGGCAGCCCUCGGACCCCAGCGAGCACUUCCUGUGCGAGGCCUGGACAGCGCCCGAGCCGGGCCCCACCUACGACCUGACCUUCUGCGAGGUCCGGGACACCUCGCUGGUGCUGCUGUGGAAGGCGCCCGUGUACACGGGCAGCGGCCCGGUGACCGGCUACUUCGUGGACUACCGGGAGGAGGGCUCCGAGGAGUGGACCCCCGUCAGCGAGGCGCCCACGGCUAACCGCUACCUGAAGGUGUGUGAACUGCAGCAGGGCCACAGCUACGUCUUCCGCGUGCGGGCAGCCAACGCCAGCGGCGUGGGGAGGCCGUCCGAGCCCUCGGAGCCCGUGCUGCUGGAGGCCCGGCCGGGCACGAAGGAGGUCAGCGCGGGGGUGGACGAGGAGGGCAACAUCUACCUGAGCUUCGACUGCCCCGAGAUGACCGACGCCUCCCGCUUCACCUGGUGCAAGGCCUACGAGGAGCUCGCCGACCAGGACCGGUUCCAGGUGGAGACCGCCGGCGACCACUCCAAGCUGAUCUUCAAGAACCCGGAGAAGGGGGACCUGGGCACCUACUCGGUGUCCGUGAGCGACACGGACGGGGUGUCCUCCAGCUUCGUGCUGGACGAGGCAGAGCUCGACCGUCUGAUGGCGCUGAGCAACGAGAUAAAGAACCCCACCGUGCCGCUCAAGUCCGAGCUGGCCUACGAGGUGUUCGAGCACGGCCAGGUGCGCUUCUGGCUGCAGGCCGAGCAGCUGUCCCCCGACGCCAGCUUCCGCUUCGUCAUCAACGACCGGGAGGUGUCCGACAGCCCGACACACAAGAUCAAGUGCGACAAGGCGACGGGCGUCAUCGAGAUGGUGAUGGACCAGUUCACGGCCGAGAACGAGGGCACCUACACGGUGCAGAUCCACGACGGGAAGGCCAAGAACCAGUCCUCCCUGGUCCUCAUCGGGGACGCGUUCAAGGCCGUCCUGGACGAGGCAGAGUUCCAGAGGAAAGAGUUUAUCCGGAAACAAGGCCCGCACUUUGCCGAGUACCUGCACUGGGACGUCACCGAGGAGUGUGAGGUCCGCCUGGUCUGCAGGGUCGCCAACACCAAGAAGGAGACGGUGUUCCGGUGGCUGAAGGACGAUGCCCUGUACGAGACGGAGAGCCCGCCGGACCUGGAGCGGGGCGUCUGCGAGCUACUGCUCCCCAAGCUGUCCAAGAAGGACCAUGGGGAGUACAAGGCGACCCUGAAGGACGACAGAGGCCAGGACGUGUCCACCCUGGAGAUCGCCGGCAAAGUGUACGAGGACAUGAUCCUGGCGAUGAGCAGAGUCUGCGGCUUGUCUGCGUCUCCUCUGAAGAUACUCUGCACCCCAGACGGGAUCAGGCUGCAGUGUUUCAUGAAAUACUUCACUGAGGAGAUGCGUGUGAACUGGUACCACAAAGACGCCAAGAUCGCAUCCAGUGAGCACAUGCGGGCGGGCGGCAGCGAGGAGAUGGCCUGGCUGCAGAUCUGCGAGCCCACGGAGAAGGACAAGGGCAAGUUCACCUUCGAGAUCUCGGACGGCACCGACAACCACCAGCGCUCGCUCGACCUGUCCGGCCAAGCCUUCGACGACGCGCUGGCCGAGUUCCAGCAGCUCAAGGCGGCUGCGUUUGCAGAGAAGAACCGCGGCAAGGUGAUCGGCGGCCUCCCCGACGUGGUGACCAUAAUGGAAGGCAAGACCCUGAACCUGACCUGCACGGUGUUCGGGAACCCCGACCCCGAGGUGGUGUGGUUCAAGAACGACAAGGACAUCGAGCUCAGCGACCACUUCUCGGUGAAGGUGGAGCAGGCCAAGCACGUGAGCAUGAGCAUCAAGGGCGUGACGGCCGAGGACUCGGGCAAGUACAGCAUCAGCGUCAAGAACAAGUACGGGGGCGAGAAGAUCGACGUGACGGUCAGCGUGUACCAGCACGGCGAGACCAUCCCCGACGUGCCGCCGCCCCAGCAGGCCACGCCCAAGCUCAUCCCCGCCUCCGCCUCCGGCCCGGCCCCCUGA